UUCUGGUUAGCUAAUGUUUGCCCUGCAGGUAAUAGUCACUUUUCCACCCCUUUAUAUAUUAGGUAUAGUUGUAAGUAAAAAAAAAAAGGUCAAAGACAAAGCUAUUCGGUUUCUUGUGAGUAUAUACACUUCACUGCCGAUGUGGGGGGGCGCCACCUAAAAUCUUGCCUAGGGCGCCAGAUUGGUUAGGGCCGGGCCUGCUGGUGGUGACAUCUAUCAAAAUGAGGGUGGUCCGAAAAAGGAGGGAUUUUUCUAAUUGACUGUGGGUCGGUUUUAAAAGUGCUCCCCCUCUGGCCAACAUAUGUAAUAACAAGUGUGUGUAAGAAAUUGAAAUGUGCCCCCUUUGGCCAAAAUUAAUACAAAUAAAUAAAUAUAUACUAUAAUAACUUGAAGUAAAUCAUGAAGAUUAAAAAACAAUUCCAAACAAAAAAAAAUAAUUUUUUUUUACUAAAAGCUUACCUUUUUUAUAUUUGCAUAGUAUGUGUAUAUUAUUAAUGUUGUAAAUACAAAUCUUUAUACAUCUAGAAAGGUUGGUCCUAAAGAGGGAGGCUUUUUUCAGAGGUCUCAGGAAGGUAACAAAUACAAGAGUGUGUGUGUGUGUGUGUGUGUAUUUUCUGUGACUUUCUUUUUAGCUUUGGGAUGUUUCACUCCUUCAGCAUUUUUCUCUCUGUUGAAUUAUUUCUAUUUUCUGUGAAUAAUUUGCCAGUCUGAGGACACAUUAGGUACACUAGCACGGUAUGAACUUUUUUUUAUUUAAAUAUCCUAAGAGGAUCCUCUGCAGUGGACAUUUUUUUUGUCUUGUUUUAAUUUUUAUCUUAGACUUAGACAAACUUCAUUAAUCCACAAGGGAAAUUAUUCAAACUGUGGAUUAAUAACGUUUGUCUAAGUCUUAUCAGUUCCAUUUUUUUUGCUGACACGUUUUCUUCUAAUAAGCAAGCAAGCAAUCAUAUAAACACUGUAAACUAAAACGUUUUUUCAAAUGAACUUAAUGCGCAAAUUUUGCUUUCUUUCUCAGCCCUUUCUGAUAGGUGGUGUGUGUGUGUCACAGCAGGGUGUUACCAUGACGACUUAAGGCCCCGGCACGUUGGACCCUCCCAUCAUCUCAAGAGUGAUAGGCAGCAGGAAAACAAAUGAUCAGCCGCUGCCUUUCAAACUCCACUCAAGAGCCACCGAGAUGCCAACCCUCGCACCUGAAGCCACCCUGCUGGCUUGGAGCUUUCUGGUGGCAUCGCUCUGGACAUCAGGUUCAGCUCAGGUCCUGCAAGACAGCAAUUCCAAAAGGGUGUACCCACAGCUGCUCAGUGCACAGGCCAUUGACUGUGACUGCACCAACAUGUCCUGCAACGCCGCCCAAUGGUUCCGCACUCUUUUCAGCUCUAACCAAGUCCAAUACCUGGGCAGGAUCAACAGCGCCGAGCGUAUUUUUCACGGGGACGACGUGGACCCGGAAAAGUUCAAAUUCAGCAGAAAGAGGAGCGACGAAGCCUUCACGCUGCACGUGGUCAACGUGACCCAAGACGACGCGGGAACUUAUUCCUGUGUUUCGACUAACAAGAGAAAGCAGGAAAUGUGGCAGGCUGGUGUUCUUCUUCUCCCAGGAGUGACCCCUCCAACUUUUCCACCUGACAGUACACCGCUGACUCCUGACUGUAGCUGCACCUUGCAAGAUGUUUGUGACUCUCUGAUCCUGUGGUCGCUAGCUGGACUCACCAGCGUGUUGAUGCUAACGCUGGUCUUCACUCUCUACUAUUUCAGCCGACUGCCCAGAAAAUGUCGACAUCACUUUGUGAAGAGGAGGUAGAAGACAUAUGUAUUAUUUAUAAAUCUUCAUGCAUCUGUGCAGACUUUUCUCCAGACAAUUAUUUUGUUGGACAAAGAUUAAGAAAGUGACACUCACUUCAAAUAUAAGAACAUGUUUUGUUGAACUGGUUUACUUUUUAAUACUGUGUGACUUUUCCUGCUUGUCUGAUUGUCCUGUGACAACAUCUGUUGCAAUGCAUUGUGGGACAGGAUUACAGUGUACAACAUGUAUGAAUUACUGUAAAUAUUGUAAUAGACGUGAAGCUAAAACUAUUCAUAUCAUGCAAAAGUUCAUUGAUGCCAGCAUUUCAACUUCAAAUGUGAAAAUAUUAACCAGGACUCUCCAAACUGUCACACUUGAAGGCUAAAACAAAUGGUCAUGUGUGUGUGUGUGUGUGUGUGUGUGUG